GUGCUCGCAGCUGUGUGAACCUUGCCCGCUUGCGGCCCGGCGCGCCCGUGCACUCCGCACUCUCUUCACUCAGGUGCUUCUCAGUUCUCAGCGAAGGAGCGCUGCUACGCGUAUAUAUAUUGUACCGCUGCACAGUCGAACUUUUCAUUGUGGUGUUUAUCGCAACGUGUGUGUGUGUGUGCUGUGCACUCAACGAAGGGGGGAACACAGGACCGAAUUCACCGUUUCGUCCUGUAUCUUCCGCAUUCUGUUACUGCGACGAUAAUGGCAGCAUGCCUGGCGCCCAUCGCAUUGAGUCUGUGGCGAAGGCACUGCGGCGCAAGGCGCAACUGAAGCGAUGGUCGACGCACCGCCGUAGUGGAGGUAACGGCGCCGCUUCCGCCUCCACAUCCGCCGCAGCGGCAGUAGCAGCAAGAAUGGACGCACGUGCCACAGCGUCACCGCAGCCGAGUGCGAUGACCGCGGAAUCGAGCAGCGCCGCCUCCUCGCCCACGUCUUCCUCGCCGCACAUCAAUUCUUUGUUGGUCUCUAGCCAAACUCUUCAGCAUGCGUACCGCCAUCGUGACACGGCGCAGUCAUCAGCGCUGCAGAAGCGUUUAGUGGAUCUCCUCCGCACGUCGACCAGCAAAGCAGAGACGGUGGAGGCUUUUUUUCUUGUGGCUGGCAGCGACAAGGAAGCCUUGACGCCCGCCACCUUCGCGCAGUUCACGAGUGCGCUGCUGAAGCACAACGUCGUCACGCAGAUGGGCACUACCGCCUACGCGGCGGCGCUCGCCGAUGCGGUGGGGGCGGGGGACGACCGCUGGAGCCACGUCGAGCCGGCCGAGUCCCGCGCCUUUUCACUCUUUCAAGCACAACGGCUGGAGCGGUACGCCGUGAAAGGCACGUCCUUUGAGGAGAAGUUGGGUCUCACGUUGGAGGGGGCGGACAACGCAGUGGUGACCUUGACACAGUAUCAGCUGCAGAAGCACGCCUCCCGGGCGCUGCCCGCCUCGCUCGACGUGCUGGAGGAACUCAUGCACCUGGACGUGUCGUGGACAAGUGCGCUGAAGGUGUACGCGUACGCCAAGGAGCUGGCGCAAGUUGAUCCGCCGGCCGGCAUGACGGCGCGGCUCAUGGGACUCAUGACGGGGUACAGAACGAACGGCCUCGGCUCCCGCCCGUGGCAGGCAGCACUGCGCCUCUACGACGAGUUGACGCAGAGCGGCUACGACGUCCCACUCGACGCGCACGCUGCCGCACUGGAUGCGGUCUGGCGACGUGGGGACACCUUCGCCAAGCCUCACCAGUCCCCCUCCCCUCAGGAGCAGGGGCUGAUGUGGCAGGCCUUGGUGCGGGUUCGUGAGAACGUGAAGGACGGCGAAGUCGUCGGAGAGGCGGGCUGCCGCUUCUCGGAGGCGCUCGUCAAGGCGGCGAGUGCGACGGGUCGGUGGGAGGUGGCGGUGCAGCUGCUGGGCGAGAUGGACGUCACCCUCGCUGACACCUCCUCUCGUCUUCUCGUGCCGACGGCGGAGACGUUUCUUUUUGCCAUGGCCGCCUGCAACGUGGCGCACAACGCCGCCUACGCGACGUCGCUGUUCAAGGCCUUUGGCGGUCUGUACACGCUGCGGAGUGCGCACCCAGAAGCUCUGGCGACGUACCUGCAGUCCCUGCGGCACGUGGAGCACCUUGCCGGGCACAUUGGGUCGCAGGUGGAGGAGCUAGUGAUGGACGGCCACGGCCUGGACCGGCCCUGCAGCGUGGCGUGUCUGCAGCUGCUCUCCAGCCAGCGGGUGCACACCAAGUCGGAGAAGUGGCGUCUUGCACAGCUGCUCCUGCGCAGCUACGACAGUAACCCAUGGCCGCAGCAGCCGCAGGCGAGGCAGGCGGAGUUGCAGACCAUUUUUCGCUGUUGCCACCUAAUUGCUGCUGCCUCUGCGACGGCGAGUGGCAGCCGCAGUGGCGGCAACGCGUGCCCUUUGCUGGCGGAGUUGGAGGGCUACCUUGUCUCGCUCUUUGGCGCGGACUCGCCGGAGUGUCAGUGGCUCAAGGACACGGAAGUCUACUCGCUGCUCACGGCGCACAGCUGGCAACACGCGUUGGCGGUGUUCGAGCGCACCGUAGUAAAUCGCCCAUCAGCGAAGGUGGCGGACCUGCCUAUUCCGCUGCGGCAGGCCCGGCAGAUGCUCGCCCACACCCUGCUGAAGUGCGGACAUGCGGCUCACGUGACGGACGAGCCGUUCCUGUUGGAUGAGGACAGGCAAGAGCAGGAUAAGGCGUUGGUGCACGACUACCUCGCCUUCGCGGUACGCACGGUGCGGGAGGUGUACGCCGCAACGGCGGACACGCUGCCACGUGGAAUUACCGCGGAGCUGCUGCUGCUGCAGUCCCUACAGACGACGCAGACCGGAGAGCGGCAGCGGCUGGCGCUGGAGGCGAUGCGAGAGCUGGCGUGUGGGCAGGCGAGCAUCGUGACACCGCGCAUCAUCGACCUCGUGUCACAGGCGCUCUCCCUCACCGAGGAGCACGUUCAGGGUGUUUUAAUGGAUGGAAGUGCGCAGCUGCGUGAGAAAGCCUUGCAGAGCAGCGAGAAGCACCUCGGCCUGCGAGCUCCGUGUUUGGAGCGUGUGUUUUUAUAA